CACCACCUUUCUAGACCUGUCAAUACAAUCUUCUCUCAGUCUCUGUACCGUUCCGACCAUAGAACGCACAUGGAACGGACUCAACUGCAUCCUGUCACCGACAAUGGGUGCUUUUACACAGAGAAUGGCGAUGACUCGUGCCAACGAACAGAUUUUCAUCUUCAGCAAACAGCAGUAUUUCCUGGUGAGGUUUUGGAGGGCAGUGCAGCUCCCGUGCCCUGGACAUCAUGGAUCAAGUUCAAGCUCUCCUCAUCAUUGUCUUAGCUGGAAGUUUCGGAGCUGAAUCCCUACAAAGAGGUCCUCGGGUUCCGGGAGGCAGGGGCACCAUCAACAUCGGCAAAAAGCUGGACUGCCUGAAAGAGCUGGACGUGAAGGACCUGGGCGUACUGUGGUAUGACCUGCCGCCUUACGCGGAAUGGCACCCUGGACGAGAAGGCAUUAACCUAACUGUUGGAGGGCUAGUUCCGGAGAUGCUGAAUCUGUCGCUGGCUACCUGUUGCGAAGACAUCACGUCCCUGCAUUAUCUUGAGACGAACUACUCGGCUCCGGGAAUUCAAUCAACGAUCAUCAGUGACAUUGUCUACAGUGAUUACACGAUAGGUUUGCCGCUCAACCUGCCACCUCAGCUGGCCUUCCAGGAUAACUAUGUACCCGUAGUACAGUCACCAGGUGCCGCAUACGUGGUGCAGAAGUCGUACGUGAGUCCGGAUAUUCUCAAGUCCCUUCACGAUGCACAGUAUCUACUCCUGUUCGUCUUGGCCACCGCCAGUCUGGCCGGUACCCUCAUGUGGGCCGCUGAGCAUCACACCAACAACUACGAGUUUUCUGCUCCCUUUCCCGGCGGUAUCUUCAAUGGCUUCUGGUGGGCCAUGGUCACUAUGACAACGGUCGGGUUUGGUGACAAAGUACCACGCUCUUUCUUCGGUCGUCUGAUUGCUCUGCUGUGGAUGAUAUGUGGUGUGAUCAUACUAACCAUGUUUACUGCCACGGUCACCACGUCAUUUACUACGGCUUCGCUGAACUCAGAUAUUGAACUACCCGGUUCAAGCGUUGCUGUUCUCCUUGGAGCUCCAGAGUACAGCUAUGCAGUCAAGAAGGGGGCCAAUGUCACUGUGCAUGCAAGCACAAUGUUUGAAGCGCUGGAGGUGGUUGCAAACGGCACCGUGGAUGGCCUACUCAUUGAUCAAUUGCUUCUUGGCGAGAUGCUGUCGAAUGAGGUUCUGGAGCAUGUUAUUGUCGACAGUCUUCAGGUUGCAAACAUCUACGUCAAUCCUGUCCAGUAUGGGUUCUUCAUGAGUCCGAAUGGUUCCAGUGGUGUGGUGGAGAACUGUGCUACGCUGCUUGUUCAGAACAAAGAGCGAGACAUCUACCUCUCUGUACAGGAACUGACGAAUGCUGUUGAACAACGUCAUAUCAGCAAGAAAGAGGCCACCUCCCAAUCCAUCACCAGUGUGUUCAAGGAAGACUGGGAGGACGCUGUGAUCUGGAGCUACGUUACCGUUGGCAUUGUGCUAAGCCUGGGCCUGGCAUUUCACUUCCUCUACUGGAGACCAAAGAGGAAGGCAGCUCUCCUCGCCAAGCGAAUGAAGUAUGACCAGUUGGAUGGAGACGACUCCCCAUCUCCAUCUAUUCCACUGGCUACGGUGAAUCGAUCCAACAGUAGUGUUACAAUCACCCUGGAUAGCUUGGGAGAAUCUCCAGACAAAACUGCCAAAAUCAAGGAACUGUUGCAGAAGCAAUUCCGUGAGAUGAAGCAACUGGAGUUUGAGCGCGAUACUCGAAUGCAACAAUGGGAGGAGAAGCGUCGGAAUCUGAUCGACCGGCACGACUCCGAACGGCAAGACCUGCUCAAAUGAUGCGACAAGUCGGAAAGUCGCAACCUUUCUUACAAGCGAUUUUAUAUGCGGUCACUCACUUGCGUAAAGUGCUUGAGUACUCGGUAUGUACUAAUGUAGCUUUUCUCUCUUGUUUGCUUUGCCACAGGCAGACUGAGUACAUGUAAAAGUUUAGUAAUAGUCUGUUGUUCUGUUAGUGUGUGCUGGGUACUGUGAGGGAGACGUUUUCCUGAUCAGUGUCCCUUGCUAACGACCGGCUUUUUCCUGUGCGUCAAUUCGAAUUUGGAGAUUUAUUUAUUAUCCAAUUUCUCCCUGUCAACUCCAUUCUCCUGCUUCUGUCUGUUUUAUGCAUCCACCACGUACUCGACCUGCGGGCAGUUAGUUUCGUCCUUUGUGACGCACCAGCACAGCACAGAAAAAUUAGACUAACCAUUGACAAAGCAUAUAAUUGAAUCUAUCACUUCUGUUAUGACCCUAUUGGCAAAGGAGGAGCUGGUUUUCUCUCCCUAUCAGGUGCUAUCUAUGACUAUACCUUUUCUUAUUAUUUUAGUACACCAGACGUUUUGCAGCAGGACUGAGCAAAAUGAA